AUGUACAAGUCUAUCGCUUUCUUCGCUGCCGCCCUCGCUACCGCCGUCGCUGCCUCGGACCGUGUCUCGGUCAAGGGCUACACCGCUGAUGUCAAGGACGUCGACUUCUCGUGCAAGUUCGGCAGCGGUGAUAUCCUUAAGGCCUGCGGCAAGUGCGCCCAGAGCAUCACUGAGUGCGCUACUGCCAGCAACAAGACCCGCACGAGCGUUUGUGUCAAGGACAUUUCAAGCUUCGCUGGUGACUGCGGUGGCUGUGCUGUCGACAUCCUCGAGUGCCUACUUGCAUGCGAAGUUACCAUGUACAAGUCUAUCGUUUUCUUUGCUGCCGUCCUCGCUACCGCCGUCGCUGCCUCGGACCGUGUCUCGGUCAAGGGUUACACUGCUGAUGUCAAGGACGUCGACUUCUCGUGCAAGUUCGGCAGCGGCGAUAUCCUUAAGGCCUGCGGCAAGUGCGCCCAGAGCAUCACUGAGUGCGCUACUGCCAGCAACAAGACCCGCACGAGCGUUUGUGUCAAGGACAUUUCUAGCUUCGCUGGUGACUGCGGUGGCUGUGCUGUCGACAUCCUCGAGUGCUUGUAA